AUGUCUACGGCCUAUCCAAUCCCUUCGGACAUCUCACCGGUGACGGUCAAAAACACAGCGUCAUUGCUCCGCAUUGUUGCUCUUGCAUUGAUUUCUGGAGCCGCAAUCGCCUCUCGUUUAUUUGCUGUUAUCAACUUUGAAAGUAUUAUUCACGAAUUUGAUCCAUGUUGUUUUUGGAGUCGCGCAACCAGGGUGCUGGCCGCCAAAGGGUUCUAUGAAUUCUGGAAUUGGUUUGAUCCUACGGCAUGGUACCCAUUGGGUCGUGUUGUGGGUGGUACCGUUUACCCAGGAUUAAUGGUAACCAGUGGGGUCAUAUACAAUAUUCUGCACGCCUUGAACCUUCCAGUCGAUAUCCGGAACGUAUGUGUAUUGUUGGCCCCAGGUUUUAGUGCGUUGACGGCUUGGGCUACAUAUAUGUUCACCAAAGAGAUGAAGGAUGAAAGCGCUGGAUUACUCGCUGCCGCAUUCAUCGGUAUUGUCCCUGGAUACAUCUCCCGUUCUGUGGCAGGUUCCUACGAUAACGAAGCAAUUGCCAUCUUCCUCCUUAUGUUUACUUUCUACUGCUGGAUCAAGGCAUUGAAACAAGGAAGCGCUCUUUUUGGAACUAUUGCCGCGGUUUUCUAUUUCUACAUGGUUGCUGCCUGGGGUGGAUAUGUCUUCAUCACGAACAUGAUUCCCUUGCAUGCCCUGGUGUUAGUUUUGAUGGGUCGUUACUCCGAUAGGCUAUAUGUUGCAUAUUCAUCGUGGUACGCGAUCGGUACACUUUCGAGUAUGCAGGUCCCAUUUGUCGGAUUCCAGCCUGUCAGCACAAGCGAACAUAUGGGAGCACUUGGCGUUUUCGGACUGUUGCAGAUUGUGGCUUUUGCCCAACUUGUGAGAACCCAUGUAUCCUCCCAACAAUUCCAAAAGCUCCUCUUUGGUUCUGUCGUUGCCACUGGAAUCCUCGGGGCCUUUGCCUUCAUCUUCUUGACCUACAAGGGGAAGAUCGCUCCCUGGACCGGUCGAUUCUACUCACUUUGGGAUACCGGUUACGCCAAAAAAUAUAUCCCAAUUAUCGCUUCAGUUUCGGAGCAUCAACCGACUGCAUGGCCUUCCUUCUUCAUGGACUUGCAAUUUUUGAUUUUCUUGUUCCCAGCUGGUGUCAUUCUGUGCUUCCGCGAACUUCGAGAUGAACAUCUAUUUGUGAUCAUUUACGCCGUCAUGGCGAGCUAUUUUGCUGGUGUCAUGGUUCGCCUGAUGUUGACACUCACCCCUGUGGUGUGUGUCGCUUCGGCCAUCGCCCUUUCGUCGUUACUUGACACGUAUAUCGACCCCACCGAGCCUCCAGUAACAGAGGCAGUAGAUGACGCAGCCUCAGUUGGCACUAAUGGAAGUUCUCCAGCAGUUGCAGCCAAAAAGAACAAGAAACCUGCAAAUGCUGCACCACUUCAGGGCAUCGCUUUGGGUGAUAUUUUAUCUGCCUCUACUCCUGCUGCCAAAGGAAACGUAGCUAAGCCCAAGGGGAUUUUCGGAAUCGAUGCUCGUCUUGUUGUCAUCCUCAACACGAUGAUGAUGUUGUUCUUCUUCGUCUUCCACUCUACAUGGGUCACAUCUAAUGCUUAUUCAUCGCCAUCUGUGGUAUUGGCCUCUCAAAAUCCUGAUGGGUCACAGCACAUUAUCGACGAUUUCCGAGAAGCUUAUUAUUGGCUGCGACAGAAUACCCCUCAGGAUUCUGUUAUCAUGAGCUGGUGGGAUUACGGUUAUCAAAUUGCUGGUAUGGCAGAUCGACCCACUUUGGUAGAUAACAAUACCUGGAACAACACCCAUAUCGCUACUGUUGGAAAGGCCAUGUCAAGUUCAGAAGAAGUCGCUUAUCCUAUUCUCAGGAAACAUGAUGUUGACUAUGUUCUCGUCAUCUUCGGCGGUCUCAUUGGAUACUCCGGUGAUGAUAUCAACAAGUUCUUAUGGAUGGUUCGUAUCGCUCAAGGUGUCUGGCCGGAUGAGAUCCAAGAACCCAACUACUUCACGCCCCAAGGAGAGUACAGAAUCGACGACAGGGCGUCUACGGCCAUGAAAGAGAGUUUGAUGUAUAAGAUGUCGUACUAUCGAUUCAAUGAACUAUUUGGAGGCAACCAGGGCACAGACCGUGUCCGUCAACAACAAAUCCCUAAAGUAGGACCCACGUUAGACUAUCUUGAUGAGGCGUUCACAUCAGAAAAUUGGAUCGUUCGUAUUUAUCAAGUGAAAAAGGAAGACUCCCUCGGACGAGACCUGAAGAGCGCGAACCAAUUUUCGCAAGGAAAAAAGAGAAAACGUAGCAAGCCUGCACCUAGGCGGCGAGCUAUUGUAUAA